GAAGUUGUUUUUCUCUUUCAAGGGCUAAGCAGUCCUUCCCACUUCUGUCCUGGUCGGGAAGGUUGUGUGACCUCAUUGGUAACUCAUUGGGUCUCCCCAAACAGUGCAGAUUAAGCCCUUGAAGUGCAGGAAAGGAAACUGAGGCUCAGAGAUAGUAAGAGUUAGCCUCAAAUUCACGGAGGACUUCUACCUCCUGAGUCUGGGGCCCUCGGGCGACUGGCUAGGUAGAUCCAGACACCUGUUGGUGAACUCCGAGCUCAUUUUGGUCCACACUGCCUGUGGUGCAUGCUAAAUUAUUACUUUUUGUAAUGUCUCAUCCUUGCCUUUUGAGUAGCAUAGUAAUGCUACAUUGUGUGCAUGUUGAAAGUAUUACUUUGUAAAGAGCAAACACUAAAUACACCAUGAUACUCGUUGGACCCUGAAUCGAGUGUUUUACAUGCCAGUGACCUCAAAUCUGGAGGCAGCCUGCCCUCUCUACCUCUGGCAGGCCCUGGCCGCAUCACACCCAGCACAGGAACCCAAGCCUGCACCCACCCAGCCCACCGGGAUGGUGGGAGGAGCCCAUGGCCCAGGGCCAGUGGGGCAGGCCGGAAGAGCCCGGGACAGGAAGGGGUAACUACCCCCCCACACGCACUUAGGAGGGGCCCCCCGGCUGGUUGACGAAGCUGUGGCUGAGGAGGAAGUGAGAGGAGGAGGUGAGGUGCAGCAAGGAGCCUAUGGCAUCAGGCGUCUGCAGCACCAUGGCCCAGGCCCUGGGGGAGGACCUGGUGCAGCCUGGUGAGCUGCAGGAUGACUCCAGCUCUUUGGGGUCUGACUCAGAGCUGAGUGGGCCCGGCCCAUAUCGCCAGGCUGACCGCUAUGGCUUCAUUGGGGGCAGCUCAGCAGAGCCAGGGCCAGGUCACCCUCCUGCAGACCUUAUCCGCCAGCGGGAGAUGAAGUGGGUAGAGAUGACCUCACACUGGGAGAAAACCAUGUCUCGGCGGUACAAGAAGGUAAAGAUGCAGUGCCGGAAAGGCAUCCCCUCGGCCCUGCGGGCCCGGUGCUGGCCCCUGUUGUGCGGGGCCCAUGUGUGUCAGCAGAACAGCCGUGACACUUAUCAGGAACUGGCUGAGGCCCCUGGGGACCCACAGUGGAUGGAGACCAUCGGCAGGGACCUGCACCGCCAGUUCCCUCUGCAUGAGAUGUUUGUGUCACCCCAGGGUCACGGGUACGAGACCAGUGAUGCCCAGGGACCCCCAGCCCCACAACCCCCAGGCAGCAGGGGCUCCUCCAGGUACUCAAGGCCUACACCCUAUAUCGGCCGGAACAGGGCUACUGCCAGGCCCAGGGCCCUGUGGCUGCCGUGCUGCUCAUGUAUCUGCCCCCAGAGCCCCAGCACUGAGUCCAGGCUCCUGGCUCCAGAGUCACCCCAGAUGGUGUCCAGACCCUCCCCUGCACCCCUUUCCCCCGCCCUGUGGUCCCCUCCGUGGUCCCCUCUGCGGUGGGCACUCAAGGCCUGUGCCCGCCCCCAGGAGGCCUUCUGGUGCCUGGUACAGAUCUGCGAGGUUUACCUCCCUGGCUACUACGGGCCCCAUAUGGAGGGUGUACGGUUGGACGCCGAGGUGUUCACGGCCCUGCUGCGGCGGCUGCUCCCGCGUGUGCACAAGCACCUGCAGCAGGUGGGCGUCGGGCCCCUGCUCUACCUGCCCGAGUGGUUCCUAUGCCUCUUCGCCCGCUCCUUGCCCUUCCCCACGGUGCUGCGUGUCUGGGACGCUUUCCUUAGUGAGGGUGUGAAGGUGCUGUUCCGCGUGGGUCUGACACUGGUACGCCUGGCACUGGGCACCACUGAACAGCGCCUGGCCUGCCCGGGGCUCCUGGAGACGCUCGGCGCCCUUCGAGCCAUCCCGCCCACCCAGCUGCAGGAGGAGGUCUUCAUGCCCCAGGUGCACAGCGUGGCCCUGUCCGAACAGGACUUGCAGCGGGAGAUCAAGGCCCAGCUGGCCCAGCUGCCCGCGUCGGCAUCUGGGCCACCCCCGAGGCCGCAGGCCCGCCUGCCUGGGGCCCAAGCCAUCUUUGAGGCCCAGCAGCUGGCAGGAACCCGGGGAGCCACGAGGCCCGAGGUGCCCCGCAUCGUGGUUCAGCCCCCGGAGGAGCCCAGGCCGCCGCGGCGCAAGCCCCAGACCCGAGGCAAGACUUUCCACGGGCUGCUGACUCGGUCCAGGGCCCCCCGUAUCGAGAGCCCCGCCAGGUCCCAUCGAGGCUCCACCUCCUCCCUGGACACCCGAUUCUGAAGGUCCCACUUCUGAGGGUACCAGAGACUCAGGGUCCCCCAACCGCAAUUGCCUGAACGGUGGAUGCCAGCCUCCAAGUAGGCACCGCACUUUACAGCCGGGGUGGAUGCCUCAGCUUCUUUCCCGUGGACUGUGUCCGGCUCAAGGAUGAAGGAAGGUGAGAGAGUGAGGUUUUGAGGACCCAGGCCCAUCAUCCGCCCACGGAGCUGUCCUGGUGCCUGGGCCCUUGCAAGCAUCAAGCUGGCGCUGAAGGAGGGUGAGGUUAGGGGCAGAGGCUGGGCUUAGGGGACCCCAAGGCUCCUGGGGAGACCUGGAAUAAAGUCUGAGCAGAAGCCC